UUUAUUUUUUUUUAUUUUUUAUUUUUUAAGUUAAGAUUUUCCAUCUCAUUUUCCGUCUCGAGAAAAUAUUUUCCCAGGCUCUCGUCGUCCUCUUUUGUAACCCAACCCCACGAAGAGAAAAAGUAAUAGAAUUUAAUACUAUUAGUAAUUAUUAAGAAAAAGGCGCAGAAUAACAGUCUACUGGCCUACGUAUCAUUGCCCAAUUUUCCUCUUCAAAACGGCAUUUCUCUCUCUCACUCUCGCAGUUUGGCUUUUCAGUAAGCUUUGUUCUCACUUUGUUCUCAGUCUGGUGCUCUUAAGAGCACUCUGAUUCGCUUCCGUCUUCCUCGCUUAGUUCUUUUUCUGUGUUAUUCAUUUGUGGGUGGGCAGAGUUUAUGAAAUGGAGAGGAAGCAGGGGUUCUUUUCGGCUCUAAAGGAGGAGGUGGUCAGAGGGUUGUCUCCAGGGAGGUCGAGGGCGAGGAGUCCAGCGAGCAGUGGGUCGCCCAUGUCGAGCUUCGUACGGCGGAGGAGGAAGGACCGCCACGCGUCGGCUGCAGAGCAAUUCAUCGCGAGAUCCGGGACCUUGAGGCCGGUGGAGGCAUUGUCGCCGUUGAAGGAGGGGCCGGACGGGACGGACGGCGAGGAUUCGAGGAUGGAGGGGAGAUGGGGACAGUGGAUGAAGAAGGGCCAGCUCUCGAGGGCGCCAUCUGUCUCGUGCUCCGCCUACAAACGCUCGGAUCUGAGGCUGCUGCUUGGCGUCUUGGGUGCGCCGCUCGCCCCUGUGCAUGUUAGCAUUGCCGAUUCUUUUCCUCACCUUAGCAUCAAGGACACCCCUAUCGAAAGUUCAUCAGCUCAAUACAUAUUGCAGCAGUACACAGCGGCUUCUGGAGGCCAAAAUCUUCAAAACACCAUUCACAGUGCUUAUGCUAUGGGAAAGGUGAGGAUGAUAGCUUCUGAGUUUGAGACAGCUAACAGGGUCAUAAGGAGCCGGAAUUCAUCCAAAGCUGCAGAGUCGGGUGGGUUUGUUCUGUGGCAGAUGAAUCCAGACAUGUGGUAUGUAGAGCUUGCUCUUGGUGGCAGCAAGGUUCAUGCUGGCUGCAAUGGGAAGCUUGUCUGGAGGCACACACCGUGGCUUGGUGCACAUGCUGCUAAAGGGCCUGUUAGACCGUUGCGCAGAGCGCUUCAGGGACUUGACCCCAGAACCACUGCAACUAUGUUUACCGACGCAAGAUGCAUUGGAGAGAAGAAAAUUAAUGGAGAGGAAUGUUUCAUCCUCAAGCUCUGUGCAGAUCCUGUGACGUUGAAAGCCAGGAGUGACGGGCCGGCAGAGAUCAUAAGGCAUGUCUUGUUUGGCUAUUUCAGCCAGAAAACAGGGCUUCUUGUGCACUUGGAAGAUUCCCAUUUGACCCGCAUUCAGAAUAAUGGAGGUGAUGCUGUGUAUUGGGAGACCACAAUCAAUUCAUUCCUUGAUGAUUACAGGCCUGUGGAGGGAGUCAUGAUUGCUCACUCUGGGCGUUCAGCUGUAACCCUUUUUAGGUUUGGAGAAACAGCAAUGAGCCACACGAAAACUCGGAUGGAAGAAGCAUGGACAAUCGAGGAAGUGGCUUUCAAUGUUCCGGGACUUUCAAUAGACUGUUUCAUUCCUCCUGCUGAAGUAAGAUUUGCAUCUGUGAGUGAAGCCUGCGAACUUCCUCGGGAUCAGACAGUAAACACGGCUGUGGCACCAGCACAUCGUGCAAAAGUUGCAGCGCUUCAGAUUUCUCACGACAACAAUGUUAAAAACAGCAUUUGGAAAACAGAUGUUUAGGAACAGGUAAGGUUUACUGCAAAUGUCGCAUAGCUAGGCUCAGUGUCUAGUUCGAACUGAAGAACAGAUUAUAGAUGAUAGUUUGGUAAGGUCCUCAGUUGUUUGAGCAUUCUUGGGAUCGGCAUGGGAACAGUGCCUUUGCAAAUUUGUAAAUACAGCACAAUCAUUGGCAGUGCUCUCCGUUUCCUGAGUAUUUUUUAGUCUGGUAGUGGAGAAUCAGAUUGUGGAGGUGGGGCUUUGGUUUUUGUGGAUGUUUGAGCAGAUCACUGAGAGGUCUGUUUUCCAUUUACUUUCUAUUGGACAUCUGAGGAUCAUUUUCAAAUCGUGGUUCUUGUGAUAUUCUCAGAUUGCAAUCUAACGGUGAUAACUAAGAUCAAUUAGUUUUCCUGUAAUAUCUCAUUGUAACACCAAACACUUUACAUAGUCAUGUGAUCAGAGUUUCACUCCAAGAAGUAUUUGCUUUCUGAAUGUUUUGAGUACAAUGACAUUAAUGUACAACAUAUUAAUGUAUUUUCUCAUUUAAUUUUA